GAGUGUGUUUCCAAAAUGGCGGCAGCGAUGGAUGUGGAUACCCCCAGCGGCACCAACACUGGCCCAAGCAAGAAGUGCUUUGAAGUUAAAAAGUGGAAUGCAGUAGCCCUCUGGGCCUGGGAUAUUGCGGUUGAUAACUGUGCCAUCUGCAGGAACCACAUUAUGGAUCUUUGCAUCGAAUGUCAGGCCAACCAGGCAUCAGCUACUUCCGAAGAGUGUACGGUUGCAUGGGGAGUCUGUAACCAUGCUUUUCAUUUCCACUGUGUCUCUCGAUGGCUCAAAACGAGGCAGGUGUGUCCACUGGACAACAGAGAGUGGGAAUUCCAAAAGUAUGGGCAUUAAGAAAGACUCUCCC